AUGGCAGCUGACAAGGUCAAGAUCAUCCAGGACUGGCCUGAGCCACGGAAAGUCAAGGACAUUCAGUCCUUCCUCAGCUUUGCCAAUUUUUAUAGAUGGUUCAUUUACAAUUACUCCGACAUCUGCGUUCCCCUCACCCAGCUCACUCAAAAGGGUGUUCCCUUCAAGUUCUCUGACAAAGCCUGGGAAUCGUUCAACUACCUCAAGAAAGCCUUCACCAUGGCUCCCAUCCUCACCCAAUGGGUCCCAGAUCAGCCCAUCAUCCUUGAAACUGAUGCUUCUGACUAUGCUCUUGCUGCCAUCCUCUCUAUCGAGCUGACUAAUGGAGAAAUCCAUCUGGUUGCUUUCCACUCCCGAACGUUCAAUCUGACCAAACUGAACUACGACGUCCACAACAAGGAACUUUUUGCCAUCUAUGAAUCAUUCUGGAUCUGUCAGUUCAACCUCAUCAUUUGCUUCUGGUCCGGCAAGCUUGGUGCCAAACUGGAUGCCCUUACUAGACAAUGGGACAUCUACCUAAAAGAGGGAGGUAGCGACUAUGCCACUGUCAACCCUCACAACCUCCAUCCAGUAUUCACCCAGGAACAGUUGGCUACAUCCCUCCAAGCAUCAACUCUGAUCACACCCUCACUGCCCACUCAACUUCCGGCACCCACUGACCCCAAGUUCACCCUGUCCCCCAACAGCCUACUACUACUCAACGACCGCAUCUUCGUUCCAGACAAUAACAACCUAUGGAUCCACAUUUUGCAAACCAAGCACGAUCAUCCAUUAGCUGGUCACUUCAGCCAGAACAAGACUCUCAAGUUGGUCCGACGAGAGUAUGCAUGGCCUGGUAUGCGCAACUUCAUCAAAGACUAUGUCAAUUCUUGUGUUGUUUGCAACCGAGUCAAGCCACACUGCCACGAGCCUUAUGGGCUCCUCAAGCAGCUUCCAGUUCCUGAGCAUCCUUGGGAUUCCAUAUCCAUGGACCUCAUUGAGAAGCUUCUGCCUUCCGCUGGUUUCACUGACAUCCUAGUCACUGUUGAUAGACUCACAAAGCAAUCCCUGUUCAUUCCGACCCAUUCCGAUCUCACAGCCGUCAAGUUGGCCAAACUGUUCAUCCUCAAUGUAUUCUCCAAGCACGGUGUCCCCUCUCACAUCACUUCCGAUUGCAGCUCCAAGUUCGUCUCACACUUCUUCUGA